CCGUCGCUUCAAUUUCCACUGUUUUUUGCCGCUGUCGUUUCCACUUCUCACUGUAUUUUACCACUUUACACACACACACGCACUCCCACAUACACACGCAGUAUUUAUCUUCAUCUCUUUCAAAUCUGAUCCGAGCACUAGAAAGAAGAAGAAGGACAGCUCAAGGCUUCAAAUUUCGAGCUUUCAUGGGUUUCCCUCUGCUCCUCUAAGUAAAAAUGAUCGUCUUUUAGAGNCCAUGGAAAACUUGUGGAGGACGAAGAUGACAAACGUUUGUAUGUCGAGGUUUGUGCCAAUGUGCUGAUAUUAGUGUAAACAGAUGCGCAUAUCAUAUGUCUGAAGUUGUUACUGCUGGUUUGGAGGUCGUAUAGCUGCUCUGUAAGGAAUUAUUUUCAGUGGGUUGGUUGAGGAUUGUGAUCUGGAGAGAGAGGGGAUUCAAUUUUUCUUAUCAUCUUUCAAUUUGUUAAGAUGUAUUCAAAUACACCCCACAAAGCAGCGAGCAAGAGGCCUCUAGAAGAUUCCAGCUCAGAGAGGCCAAGAAAGAGUCCAUUCGGACAUGUGAAAGUCGAAGAUGGUCUGUUUAAUAAGACAAAGAUUUAUAAGUUUCGCAUACUUAUGCCAAAUGCCACGACUCUCGAGCUUAAAAUUAGUGAGCAGAGGAAUGAAAUGCCAAUAAAGCAGUUUCUAGAUGCCGUGAAGAGAAAAUAUUUCAAUGUCGUAAAUCAAAGAAGUUCAGAACAACUGAAGGGAGAAAUUAACUGGAAGUACCCGGACCUUCAUAUUAUGGGUGUGGAUGCAAAGAAGCUCAGUGUUAAAAUUGAUCUCCACAAUUUGCCACCUAACCAGUGGCACAUAUUAUGCCUUCAUGACGGGUCAGCGAAACCGGAUGCAUAUGAGGGCAUGUGGGAUCUUACUCCAGAUACCGAUUUAUUGAAGGAGCUACCUGAUGACUAUACAUUUGAAACUGCGCUUGCAGACUUGAUCGAUAAUUCCUUGCAAGCUUUGUGGUCUAAUGGGAGAGGAGAUGAUAAAUUUAUAAGUGUGGAAUGGCAUACAGAAAAAAUUUCCAUUUUUGAUUCCGGACCAGGAAUGGAUGGCACUGAUGGGAAUCUAGUUAAGUGGGGAAAAAUGGGUGCAUCUCUGCACAGGUCAGUACGAGGACAAGCUGUGGGGGGAAAACCUCCAUACUUGAAGCCUUUCUUUGGCAUGUUUGGAUAUGGGGGUCCUGUCGCGACCAUGUGCCUGGGCAGACGUGCUGUUGUCUCAUCAAAGACGAAGAAUUGCAACAAAGUAUUUACGUUACAUUUGGAAAGAGAAGCAUUAGUGAAUGCAUCUAGCUCAGAGAAAUGUUGGAAGACGAAAGGAGGGAUGAGAGAUCCUUCUGAAGAUGAAAAGAAGAACUCCCCUCACGGGAGCUUCACGAAGGUUGAAAUUUUUGAGCCUAAAAUGAAAACUCAGGACGUAAAACAUCUGCAGUGCAAGCUGAAAGACAUUUACUUCCCAUAUAUCCAGUGUGAUGAAAUGUCUGGAAAAACAAGCCGACCUGUGGUGUUUCAGGUUAAUGGGGAAGACUUGGCUGAAAUAUGGGAAGGGGAAGUAGCUACCACAAACAGGCAUUCAUGCAAUGGUCCAAACUUUGUGUUGCAACUUCAUUUUAGCAUUAGCCAGGAUCCUUCUCUGGUGCAUGGUCAAAGUCAAAGAGUGCUUCUAGAAGCAAAUGCCAGACUGACAUGUGUUUACUUCCCAAUUGUUGAGGGUGAAGAAAGUAUUGAUAAAAUCAUUGGGGAGUUAAACUCAGCUGGUUGUGGGAUAAGGGAAAGCUUUGAAAGCUUUAGUCGUGUAUCUGUAAGGCGUUUGGGCCGUCUCCUUCCAGACACCCGAUGGGCGUUGCUUCCAUUUAUGGUGCCGAAGCCGAAGAAAGGUGAAAAGGGUCAAAUGUUCAAAAGAUGCUGCUCUAGGGUUAAAUGCUUUAUAGACAUGGUUAUUGGCUGCAGAGACAGAUUCAGGCUUCAACCCAACUCCGCACAAGAGGUGCAAAUUGAAAUCAGUAGAGGUGGAAAGAAAUUGACUCUCUCUCAGCUUGAGAAGCAAUACACAGAUUGGGUUUUAGAAAUGCACGAUCGUUAUGAUGAAGAAGUUGAUGGUGGCCUUGAUGAACCUACCCUUGUUAUUCUUCCAUCAAAAAUAAAAAAACUUGAACUAUCUUCUACUGUUGUCAGGGUUCACGAGAAGAUCAAGAGAAGAGGAAAAGACUGGACAGCUGGUCAGAAAAUCAAAGUUAUUAAGGGAGCCUGUACUGGUUUCCAUAGUAACAAUGGAUUUGUCACACUGGAAUAUAUAAUCCUGGAAGGGCUUCCUGGAGAUACUUGUGGUGAGGGUCGUCUGAUUUGCAGACCACUUGGCUUGCAAGAAGACAAAGGUUGCCACCUUGUGCUUGAAAAUGGGAGUCAGACCAUUGAUAUUCGUGACUCAGUGGUGAUACCAAUCAGGGCCAUUGAUUCGGAAAAGGAUUUGCCUAGUGUUAUAGAAGCUGGAUAUGCUCCACCUGAGAAUGUUGUCGCCGUCAUUCGCCCAAAGGCUUAUGAUUCUGGAAAUUGUCCUAACAGUUUGGAUCAAAAGUUCAUUGUUAAAGAUAAGCAUGAGAUGAGUCUUGAAGUGAAAUUCAAUGCUGGUGUGAAGUGGGAAAUGUUAUUCGAGAAAGCUGGCUUCUAUACCUUUUCAUUCGCCGUGAAUGGACUGAAGGACGUACGGUUUGAACAAGUUGUGCAAGUUCAGGCAUCAGCUGAAAUUGGUUAUUGGAAAGUUGUAAGUCAUUAUCUGGAUGAACCCUACACAAUUCGGGUCGGCUUCUGUGCUGAACCACUUAAAGUGAUGUGCUGUGAUAGAAAUGAAAAAUGUGUUGUAUUCACUAGUGUUCCAAAACUAACUGCGAAGCUCAGCUCCAAUAGCACAGUUAUUGCUCACAUACGCAGUAUGGAAGUGGUUCUCGCAACUGACAAGUCAAUUAUGGAAAUUAAGGAUGUCGUUGCAAAAAGCACUAUGUUAGAUGAUAUUAGGCCAGGCUAUAAAGCUACAUUAGACAUAUGCACCAUUGAUAAAGAUUUCUCCUUGUCUUUCCCAUGUCAAGUUUUACCUGGAACUCCCAAAACAAUCAACGUACAUCCACGGCAACUGAAAAGAGAAUUGCUACCAGACCAAAUUAUUGAGACUCUCAUGUUAGAGGUCUUUGAUGAAUAUGGAAACCAUGCUAAAGAAGGGGAUAUCAUUUUGUUGAGUGUAGAUGGGUUCUCGUUUCAAGAAGGAAGCACUGACAUCCAUAGUGAUGGGAAACAUCUGAAAAAGGUGAAUGCUGAUGGAUAUGUUGAUCUGAGCAAUAUUCUUAAAGUUUCCAGGGGAUAUGGAAAAGAUGUUUCCCUUGCUGUUAUAUCCGAAGAGAAAACCAUUUUACAGCUGAACUUCCAUACAGAAAUAAGAAAGCUGCAGUCUGUGCCAAAGGUCUUUAAGAACUGUGAAGCGGGUUCGACAUUGAAGAAUAUUGUGUUUGAGGUUAUUGAUUCUAAAGGCAAUAUUGAUGAGAGUAUUCAUGACGAAGUAAAACACGGGAGGUCUCAUACUCUUACACUUAAAUCGAAUUCAUUGGAUAUAGAUGAUUUUGUCAGUUACAGCUUUCGUUGUGGACAAUGUACUAUUCGUUCCGUUCCUCUACCGCAAAGAGGAGGGAUUUUCUCAUUUUCGGCAGCUCAUUCACGUUAUUCGGAACUAAACUUCACUAUUGAGGUUCAUGUUAAGGAGGUCGUGGAGGAAAAUCGUGAACUUACUUUGAAUUAUGAGGAUGUUGUUGUGAAUCCAGCACAAUCCCCUAGAGAUUCUUGCAAACAUUUACAGAUUCCCCAAACUUCAUCUUUUUUUAUGGAUUUACCUGAUGGGCAUACAGAUUCUUGCGGAAAUUUACGAAUUCCCCCGACUUCACAUUUUUUGAAGGAUUUACGUAUUCCCCCAACGUCACCAUUGUUGAAGGAUAUACGAGCCGAACAUAAAGUUUGUUCCCCUCCUGUUGCCAACGAAUACUUUGCGUUGCCCAUCGGCUGCCUACCUCAAAAAGAUCCCAAAUUGGAGGAUACUCGUGUUCAAAAUAAAGAACUGGACGUAAUGCCGGUUCAGGACAUGGCUUCACAAGAAAUGGGGAAUUUGGAGGAGAUUGAAAAUGACAUGACCAAUUGGGGCUUAAUAGUGAUGGAACAUGAGAGGAAGUUGGAGAGGCUAAACACUACGAAGUCAAUCAUUCAGCAACAAAUUUUAGAUUUACAAGAUUAUUAUCCUGAUAAUGUGUCAAGCAUGUGCAGUCAAGAUUGGAUACGUGAACAGAUCAAAAGCAACACUCAAUCAGUAGCCUCUGUCUUCUGCAAAUUGCUUGAGGAACCAUUAGAGUCAAGACCUAGUGGCAUUCUUGGUAUCGUGGCACUUCUUGGAACAACAGAAAGCAUUGACCUUAGCAGGGCGUUGGCUAAGUAUCUCGGUGAUGAUUUAAUGCUUGCCAUUGUGUGCGAAAACUAUGUAGAAGCAUUUAAUCUUGACUCAAAUACCGUCCACGAGUUGGCAAAUAAAGUCGGACAAUCUAUAAUCGGAGGGUAUCAGGCAUUGUGCCUCGAAGACAUUAGUGGCCCCCAAAAUCUACUUUCCAUGCAGCUGCCCAAAUUGCCAACAGGUGAUGUGCCACAAGGGUUUUUGGGGUAUGCCGUUAACAUGAUAACUGUAGAAACGAGUUAUUUGCAGUGGAGAUCAAAGAGCGGCCGUGGCUUACGGGAGACAUUAUUUUACCGUCUUUUUGGUGAGCUUCAAGUGUAUAAGGACAGGGAUUGCAUGAUGAAGGCAAGAUCCUGCAUUAAAGAUGGCGCUGUGUCUAUGGAUGGAAGCAUCAUAAAAGGAAAUGGAUUGGUCUCUCUUGGCAAUUGGGAUCCAGUGAUCAUAUUUCCGGUGGAAAACAGAGCUGCAACUCCUCUGCAAAGCUCAAAGAAAUUGCGAUUGUUGCAAACACUUGAUUUGGAGCUUAUGGAGACGAAUGAAGAGAUAGAGAAGCUAACCCAAUCAUACUUAAAAGACCAAGAGAUGUUAGGGAAAUCUGUCGAUAGCCGUCUCUCGCCCACCUCCUCCUUCACUUCUCCCCCUUCUCUCUCUCCCCAAUCCCUCCUCUCCCUACCCUUCGCCUCCACAGUCCCGUCCCUCUCCCCCGUCAGCCACCUCGUCGUGACCUCCGGCCAGCCUGAACAAAUAUCCAUCAACAACGUCGAAGUCUCUGAUACCCCUAUUUUCGACGACGGAUUUGUGUUCAUCUACGCAAUUGACGGUUUCUUCAACCUGAAUUUCACCCUAGCGUAUGCAGCAACCCGAACCUUAGAUCCAAUUCCCAGUGCCUGA